CGAAAUGGCUAUAGCCGCAUCUCGGAAGUUAGGGAUACCUGGCUGGUCUUUGGUACAACGAUAAUUUUUAUCGCCAGCUCGCGUGGUACUCAUGCACGACAAAAAAGAAUCCAAGGCCCCAGUAUAGAGCUCCAAGUUAGUCAUGGGCGUCAAUUGUCGGCAUCAUGUCUUGGAUAAAUUUGCCGGAAAUACUUACUCCUCAAUCGAAGAUCAUCGAUAUCUCGACCACUCAUGCCAACAAUGAUCCUACAGGGCCUGUCACUGGUGGUCAUAUGCUGAUUCAAGGUACCAUGGCUCGCGUACAAGCUAUCGAUCGCAAGACAGAUCCUGUUAUCUGCAGAGAAGUCAGGGCACAAGAGAAUUAUGUUAGCCCUGUUCAUUUUCGCGGAUUCGAUAUCAGCGGCCUGCAGUUUGGCCGGUACUAUGCACUACUCAUUGGCAUAUGCACGGAUGAUCCUAACUAGAUAGACGCUUCACUUUCAGAGCAGGACUAUCGUUUGGCUAUGUAUUUGGUUCUUCGGCCUGUAGCUGGACAACUUGGGACCUCUGAGCGAUGUGGGUUUGCCAGCGAGUGGUACACUGCAGACGAUGAGCCUGGAACACUCACUGGCAGAGGGCCACAAAGCAGGCAAGAUGUACCUUGUGAAGAGUAUUAUGAGCAUGAUGGAACUUACAGGAUCCGUCUAAUCUGAAUCUAAAGCAUGAUGCUGUUAAUACGCAAA